AUAUAUACUCUGUAUUAACGUGUCAUAUCAUAAUAAUAUUAGACAUAUAUAUUUGCGUUCAAGAUAACCGUAAAAAGGAACAUAUUUUACUCAAUAAAAUAGGAAUUAAACAUUAAACUGUUACAAUUCAUUAUGUCGAGUGAAAAAGAAUGCCAUUUUAAAGCAGGGCAUCCACCAGCAGUUAAGGCUGGUGGAAUGAGGAUAACUCAACAUAAAACAGCUCGAGAAGAACGUGAACAAUUUAAACUGACUAAAACUUCAACAGAUGCCAAACUUUCAACUAGUCCUCCUAAGACUGUAAUGAUUAGUGGCGCUCCAACACGAGGUAAUGCUGAUUUUCCACCCGAAGCAGUUCAACAUUUUCAUGAAAAACCAGUUCCAACUCAUGAUUUAAGAUCAGCUAAUUCUUCUAGACCUGUUGUCAUACAACAACCUAGAAAGUGAAAUUAUCACAUUUGUUUUUUAAUUGAAAAAAUUUAUGGUUAAAGUUAACAUAAAAUAUAGAUAUUUCAAAUGUUAAAUUUUUCAUAUAAUAACACGAUAUAAAUUUUAUUUUUUGAUUUUAUGUUAUAAAGAUUUUCUUUUUUCUAAAAAUUUAUGUUUUGUUUUAUUCAAACAAUUAUUUGAAUGAAUUUCUUAUUAAAUAUAGAUUGAAGUACAUAUGUCCAAUAUGAUAUAAAUGGGUUUUAUUGGUACGAUAAUAAUGAUCAGGAUAACUAUUACUUAGCAUUUUUUGGGACCAUGCAUUAUGAGUUUAUAUUUUUGUAAUUAACUUGAUUAUAUAUUUGAUUUAUGUUUGAAAAUAAAUUUAAAUAUCACAACUUUA